AUGGCCCCAACUCCACCCAGUAAAGUGACGAGCCCGGUCAAAUUGGCACACGUCGUCCUCCAAACCAACAAAUACAAAGAAAUGGUAGAUUUCUGGACGACCUUCUUGGGAGCCAAAGUGGUCUUGGAUAAUGGCUUCUUGGCUUUCCUCACCUACGACGAUGAACACCACCGGAUCGCCAUCGCCGGGCCUCCAGGCCUCAAGAACAAAGACCCCACCUCGUCCGGCCUGUCUCAUAUCGCAUUCACCUUCGCCGACCUAAACAGUCUCACAACGGCGUAUGCACAACGCAAAGACCAGGGGAUUGAGCCCUUCUGGUGUAUCAACCACGGUACCACGACGAGCAUGUACUACCAUGACCCGGAUGGGAACGAGAUCGAAACCCAAAUUGACAACUUUGAAGAUAACCAGGAGGCCACAAAGUACAUGAUGAGUCCGGCGUUUGUACAGAAUCCAUUUGGCGUCGAGUUCAAUCCGGACGAUCUGCUGUUUCGCGUCAGGUCAGGCGAAGACCCAAUGAGUAUUAAGAAGAGACCUGACAUUGGGCCAAGGUCGAGGUUGACUGAGAGGACCAUACCACCUCCUUCUUUGGCACCUGUGCUGUGA